GGCAGCGGCGGCGGCGGCAGCGGCAGCGCCGUGAGGGGACGGGAGGUGAGGGGAGGUGAGGGGAGGGUCUCGGCGGCGCAGCGCAGCUCAGCGGGUGCCUCGCCCGUUGAUGGGCGCCCGGGCGGGCUGUGCCAUGGCCGCCUGCGGGCCUUGGCGCUCUUAGGAGGGGCAGAGGGGCUGCGCGUCGGCCCUUCCUCCCGCGCCCCCGCCGACAUGUCGCUGAGCAUGGAGGAGGAGGAGUACGGCAGGCUGGUGAUGGAGUCGGAGCCCGAGUGGCUGCGGAGCGAGAUCAAGCGGCUCUUCCAGGAGCUGGGCGAGACCACCCGGGAGAAGAUCCAGGCGGCGGAGUACGGUCUGGCCGUGCUGGAGGAGAAGCAGCAGCUGAAGCAGCAGUACGAGGAGCUGGAGCUGGAGUACGAGACCAUCCGCACCGAGAUGGAGCAGCUGAAGGAGAUGUUUGUGAAACACCUCCAGCCCUCCCAUCGAGUAGACAUCAUCCUCAUGGCCAUCAAGAACAUGAAAGAGCCAGGGCAGUACAGCAGGAGCUGUCUACCUACCUGCUAGACACCCCUUGUGAGCAAACCUGUCUUCCAGACACAGCAGGUGCAGAGGAUUCUGUGGGCCAUCUAUGGAAACUGUCUCUCAGCCCCCUGGGAAGCCUGGAAGGGGUCCUGUUGAAGGUGACAGACAAAUACCUCACCAAGGCUGCUGCAGAGCUCCCUGAUGUGCACCAGGUGCAGGGCCCACCAGUCUUUGGGGCUCCUCUCCCAUGGAAAGUCCCUCCUGAGGGACUCCAGCCUGGCCAUCCUCUUGGAUGUCCCCACUGACAGAGCCCCAGGUCCCCACAGUGUCACCAUGAUGAUGUGGAGGGUAAUGCUCACCAAGGCCCAGACUGCAGAGAAGGUUCUGGAGGAGCUGCUCAGCAGGAUGAUGAGCCAGUCACUGUGCAAGACCUCCACCUCCAUCAGAGAGGACCCACGCAGCCUCUCCCUGGCUGUGAAUCACUUGAGGAGCCCCUGCUGACCUGUGGGGCUGCUCUCAGCUGUUCCAGGCUCCCGCUCCCCUUCCCAGCACACCCCAAGCCUUGACCUCUCCAGGGGCACGGGGACAUCUCAGUGUCUGGGUGUCUUCUGCAGGCAACCAGGACCAUGAGGGAGAUUCUCCUGCAGGAAGCUGCUCUGCAGGAGGUGAAGGUGAUUUUUUUCCCCCAGCUUCUUCUGGCUCUGCUUUUCCAAACAUUAUUCACCACAGAGCUGAUGCUGCAGGAGGUGAACACUUUCUGAAGGGAGCACCAGCAGGAUCAGCUCACUCCCAUCAGGUGCUUCAUCCCUGUCCUCUCAUCCCUGCCAGCCAUCUGGAGCCCAGCCAGGGGUGCUGGUGGGAGCUGAGCAUUUCUCCUUGUGCAGGUCUGUGGUGCAGUCCAUGAGAUUGCUGCUCUGCAGAAUGGGCUGUGAGUGGCUGGUGCUGGACAUGGAGGAGCAGGGGGGCUGGGACGUCCUGCUCAGCACCCAGACCCACCUCACAGGGGUGCCAAUCAUCACCAGGUGCUGGGCUGCCCCCACCUCUUGGAAGAGCUGAAGAACAUCAGGGAUGUCCUCCCCACACAUCUGCAGAGCCAGUGGCCAGGGAUGCCCAGCCUGCUGUUCCAGGGCAUCCUCAAGCUCACCAGGAGCAAACAUAGUUAGAGGAGAGAGAGCAGUAUAGAAAUGGGGGUAAAUAUGCUGAAAACACCCAGCAAGUUACUCUAACCAGCAUGUUCCCACACUGUCCUCUCAGUCUGUCCUGGUUUAUGCUGAUGGAAGAAUAAGAAGCUCCUAACUUCUGUGUUCAAGCUCACAGCAACUUUCAGGACAGUCUUGAUGUAUACCAGAAAAAAAGGGCCAGAAAUCCAUGUGGAACCUGAAAUCCUUUGCCCUUGCUAUUUAUCUCAGUUUAGCCCUUUUUUUUUUUUGUUUAAACCCAUACCAGCCCACCCAGCUAUGUUUAUUUUAACUUGUAGCAAUCUGGCAGCUGGAACCUCUCAGCCCCAUACACUUCCCAUGCACAAAGGUCUUCUGCUGGCCUGGCCCUAUAAACAUGGUCAGCACAGGUUGCUCAGAAUGUUUCCCUGCUCAUAGCUUCUUGCAGCUUCACCUUUCCACCCACUCACUGCUGCCCUCACUAGCUCUGCAGUUCCUGUGCCUCUGUGGAUUUUGCAAGAGGGUUGUGCCUGCUGCUUUCAAGGUUUGCUCACCCUGACCUGAAGGCAGCACUGUAUGGGCCAGGUGGGACCCUGCUGUAGGGCAGCAGCUCUGCUGGGGGAGCCUGGCACCCAGGUCCCUUUCCAUGCUCUCUUGCCACCUGGAAGUUGCUUUUCUCUGGCUGUUCCACUUUCUGUCUCUCAUGUACUGCUCUCAAGAGCAGUGGUUGUCUGCAAAGGAAGGAGCAGCAGUGGUCAAAAUGAAAGGGGUAGCAGCUCUAGCAACUAAUUUUGAAGGCCACACAGAUGGAUUUGAACAAUGGAGUAAAGCUGAAACCUGAGCAGAUCUCUGUCUGUCUGUCUCUGUCUGUCUCUGUCUGUCU